UCUGCAAUCAGUAAAGCAGUGAUAAGGAGAUAUUUUUCAAAAAAAAAAAAGAUGGCCGGAUUGUCACAAGAUUGGGAGCCGGUGGUGAUUCGCAAGAAAGCGCCGACCGCCGCCGCACGGAAAGAUGAGAAAGCAGUCAACGCCGCCCGUCGAGCCGGUGCCGAAAUCGAAACCGUCAGAAAAGCUACUGCUGGGUCAAACAAGGCUGCCUCUAGUAGCACAACGUUGAACACGAGAAAGCUGGAUGAAGAUACUGAGAAUCUGUCACAUCAAAAGGUACCUACUGAACUGAAGAAAGCGAUUAUGCAAGCUCGACAGGAUAAGAAGCUUACUCAGUCUCAACUUGCCCAAUUGAUAAACGAAAAACCACAGAUCAUUCAAGAGUAUGAAUCUGGAAAGGCAAUUCCAAACCAACAGAUAAUUUCUAAACUGGAGAGAGCUCUUGGUGCGAAACUUCGUGGAAAGAAAUAAACUGCAAAAGUGAUGGUGGUGGUGGUGGGGUGUGUGUGUGUGUGUGAACCUUUUGAACGUCUACAUCGUUUGGGUUCUAAGUGUGGUCAUGUACAUGAGCCUUUUGAAUGUUUUCUUUAGCCAGUAAGGUGGUUCUUGUGUCUGGAUUCGGGACGUUACUUUCGUUGUUAAAACUGAAUGUUUUUCCUGUCGAAAAUGGAUGUGCUUGCUCUUGCUAGAUGUUUAAGGAUUGCAAUUAGGACAAUUCAGCAAAUUUGAUUAUCCAGAC